CGUGAGGCCCCGCGGCGCGGCCAUGGCGGAGCGGGACCGGGACGGGCCCGGGCGGGCAGCGGGCGGCGGGAAGAUGUCCCUGCACAGGUGUGAAACCUGUAGCAAAGAAGAAGCUAAAUACAGGUGUCCCCGAUGCAUGAAAUAUUCGUGCAGCCUGUUGUGCGUAAAGAAACAUAAGCUUGCACUGAGCUGUAACGGAGUCAGGGAUAAAACAGCAUUUGUCUCUGUAAAUGAAUUUACUGACUUGAACCUUCUGAGUGAUUAUCGUUUCCUGGAAGAUGUAGGAAGGACAGCUGAUGCUGCUGCUCGACAUUGUAUUGUGCAUAGUCCAGCAACAAAGAGACUUUUAUACUCCUUGAGGAACAAAGCUCGAGGGUGUAAUAUUGAGCUAAAAACACUGCCUAUUGGAUUUACAAAAAGAAGAGAAAAUUCUACCACCUUCAAUUUCGUGGAGAACAAGUUCUACUGGCAUUUGAAGCUCAUAUUUCCUCACUGUCACGCUGAAUACACUUUAAAAGGGGUGCCUGACGACAAAACACUUGCUGAUAUCCUCAAGCCAUACAUUGAUCCAGUGGAGUCAGAUCCUGUAGUUUGUCAAAGAUUAAAAAUCUAUACAGCAUCUCCUCAAUCAGAUGUACGAAUUUUAAUGAAAAUAGAAAACAGGAGCCGAAACUCUGUCAGGUACAAUGAACUGGAUGCCAACAGAAGCCUUCUAGAUAAUCUGAAAGGCAAAGUAAUAAUUGAGUAUCCAACAUUAUUUGUGGUCUUGAAAACACUGAAGAGUGACAUGGUGGUCCUUGGCCAAGAUGGCAGUGAGCCUGCAGAGAACUCAGACAGUGAAAGCUCAUCCCUUUCAUCUGUGGAAGAAGGGGAGAUUCAGGACAGUUCAUGACAGUUCUUUGAGAGAA